AUGGCCGCCUCCGUGUUCUGCUGCUUCUCCUGGUGCCGGGAUGGCGGCGCCGGGCACAUCCCGCUCAAGGAGAUGCCGGCCGUGCACCUGGACACGCAGCGCAUGGGAACGGAUGUCGUAAUUGUUAAAAAUGGCAGAAGAAUAUGUGGCACAGGAGGCUGCUUAGCCAAUGCGCCUUUGCAUCAGAACAAGAGCUAUUUCGAGUUUAAAAUCCAGUCCACAGGUAUUUGGGGUAUUGGAGUUGCAACCCAGAAAGCAAACCUGAAUCAAAUUCCACUUGGUCGAGAUGUCCACAGUCUGGUGAUGAGAAAUGAUGGAGCUCUCUACUAUAACAAUGAGGAGAAAAAUAGGCUACCAGCAAACAACCUUCCUCAGGAGGGCGAUGUGGUGGGCAUUACAUAUGACCAUGUAGAAUUAAAUGUAUAUUUAAAUGGCAAGAACAUGCAUUGUCCAGCUUCAGGAAUCAGGGGGACUGUCUAUCCAGUGGUCUAUGUUGAUGACAGUGCCAUUCUGGAUUGUCAGUUCAGUGAAUUUUAUCAUACACCUCCACCUGGGUUUGAAAAGAUCCUCUUUGAGCAGCAAAUCUUCUGAAUGUCUUCAUACUGAGAAUUUGCACCCUGCACUGUUACAAAAGCUUUGUCAUCCUGAAGUCUCACUUUACUUUUAGGAAACAUAUCUGUAUUUUUAGUAAGUACUUGUGACUGUUGUCUGCAGAAUAAAUAUGUUAACUGCAACACGAGGUAAAUGUUGCAAAUAAGAGUUUUCUGGCAUUGUUUUGUGGUUGAAAAUGAGUAUUUUGGGGCAGGGCUUUUCUCUGAUUUGUACUUGAUGCAAAAGGAUACUAAGGAAUAUUGCUGUUGUCAGUAUUACAUUCAGUAUUUUGAAUAAACUGGAGUUCUGUAAGGCAAAUAGUUCUUACAUAUAUGAUAGCUAUGGAGAUGGGUAGUUUUUUCCCCCAGCCUUUUUCUCACAAAAGUUAUGUAAUUUCUUUAAAGGAUCCACUGUGUUUCUAGUCUGUGAUUUGGAGUUGUAGUGUCCCAGGUGUGCACAAUGACUAAUAAUGCAAUGGCAUAACUAGCAGCUACGAUUUUUUGGCAAGGUGUAGGUUAAUCCGUUCCCUCAAUCUUAGACCAGCAAAUACAACUUACCUGUUUCUUCUAGAUUUUCAUUUGCUUUUAUUGUGACCAAAAAAAAUUAGAAUAUUUUCUAGUAAUACUUUUUUGUUGAACCUUAAAAAGUAAACCUGAACACUACCUGUGUGUUUGAGGACCACCAUGCUCUGUUACUCCGGUGACAGCUUGGGUAAGCAAAGAUCCAGGUGAAGGGUUUGAGAUGUUAUGGUGAAGCCUUACAUCUAAACUGUAAAUUAAAUUAUUCUCUUAUGGAAUAGCGUAUUUAAUUUCUUCGUGAAUCAUUUAUAAAUGGCUAAGACAUUGUUCUAAAAUGUGAUGCCCUUGAGUAUACAUUGUGAGAUGCUAUUUUUUCCCCUCUUGUCAUAUUUAAUAUACUUCCUAGAAGAAUUUUUAUUGUAAAAAAA